UUAACAAGAAAGAAAGGCCAUGGCAGCAAAUUUAUUUAGCACAUGAGAAAACAAUGCCACUGCCAAACAAAAUAUUAAAGGAGGAAAUAAGGCUCCAAUGAUUAUGAAGUACAUAAAAAGUGGAGAAUGAUCAAUCACAGCCGGCCGUUCUCACCCCUGGGCCAGGGCGGCCAGGGCGCGUACGGCGCGGUAGUUGGCAAUGCUUAAUACAUUGUUGUGUUUGUAAACAUAGUUUUUCUCCUUUCGUGAGUGCGUUUGUUGUUUCAAAAUUCCAGUUGUCUAGGGUGCCUUUGAAAAAUAGCAACAUUGUUCUUCAACGGGAGUGCCCACAACCAUGGCAGCGGGAUCGCCACCUCGAGUUGAGGUCUCUGAAUUGAACGACCUGCUGAUUCGAUGCAUGGCUUCCAAGCUACCCGAACCCGAGCAGCAGAACGUCCUUGCGUGGGCGUGCCGCCUGCGCGAGGACAGGCGCCUGUCCAGCCUGCAGCUGCUCCUGGAGGCCCUGCUGGACGCCGUCAAGCCCGGGGGGCGCCUGGACGGCCGCUUCGCUGAGCCCGUCCCCUCCGACCGGGCGCUGCCCACCGUGCAGGAGAUAUCGCAAAUGGGGGUGUCGGUGCGAGCGCUGCUGGACGUGGGCGUGCAGGCGGACGCGGGGUGGGCGCGCGACGCGGUGCGCGAGUACGCCGUGCACCCCGAGCCCGCCAUGUUCCUCGGCGUGCAGCCCAAGCCUCGCAACGGCGCCAUGUGCUACAUGAGCGUGUUCGGGUCGUGA